UGGGUGACGAAUGACGAGGAUGUGGGAAGAUGGCGGCGGCGGAGUCGAACAAGGCGAGAUGCGUCAAUGUUCCGCGCGGCGAGGACGCGACGACGACGACGAUGACGACGAUGACGACGACGACGACGAUGGAGAAGACGGACGCGGCCGCGCCGCGACGGCAGCUCGAGCGUUACCGAUUCCGCAUCGUCGACCUGCUGUACUACGCGCUUUCGGUCAGUUUCUUUUUCGCGGACGUAGCAACAGACAGCAUUGUAUGUGUGGAAUACCUUUUGCAAGGCCGCUCAGCGUGGGGAUGCUUUGCAAUGGGUUUCACCAUCUUACCCGCUUGUGUUACUCAACUAUUUAGUUUGAGAUGGCAUCGUAGCGAUGGUUCUCUACGGACUGUUCACUGGUUAUUGCACUUCUUGCUACUCGGCUUUUUGCACAGGUACUUGACGUUGCUUUACACUGCAGUGCACUCUUUGAGAAAUAAAUCGAGCUUUAGUAGAGACAAGGAUUGGGUGUAUCGACAAGAAAGUGAUAUAUGUAUGUUGCAUUUGUUUGAAUCAUUUAUGGGAGCUACGCCACAGUUGAUACUACAAUUAUACAUUAUUGCGACAUUAUAUCAUGCUCCAUUUUGGACGAGCGCGUCAGCCAUAGCUUCCUUCUGUUCCUUGAUAUGGGCCGUGAGUACAUACAUUAGGGCUAUGCAUAAUAUCAAUUGUGAGCGCAGCAACGUGACCUGGAUAGCUCUCGUUCUUCAGGCUCUGUGGCGCGGCGGUAUGUUGCUGUCCAGAAUCGGAGUUCUCGUGUUAGCCGCUGUUUUCCUGAGAGCAUGGUUUUUCUUAUUUCUGGGUCUGCAUUGGUUAUUUAUGACAAUCUGGGUGAUCCUGCAGAAGACGGAAUUCUGUCCAACCGUAUGGGAGGAGCGCAUCUAUAACUGCAUCAUCGGUCUGAUCUACUGCUUUGAUUUUUUUAACUUGCGCGAGGGCAGAUCGCGUUAUCGCGUACUCGUCUUUUAUACGGUGAUCGUGGCACAGAACUUGAUUCUCCUGACUAUGUUUGCAUUGCAUUUUAAGGACACGAUCGCGAGCGAUACAAUGAUUGCAAUAGCGUCCGCGAUAAUCGGCGGUAUGCUCGUCGGUUUGAUGAGCAUGUUGUUGUAUUACGGCAAGUUUCAUUCAUCGAUAACAACAACGAACGGCGUUUCUCGGAAUAUCAAUGAGCUCUCGCACACUACGAAUACUGCCAAAACUGAAACUCCCAGCAAAUCCUUCAAGUUGUUCCAGCGCGGUUCUCUGGUAUCGUUGCACCACUCCAUUGACAUAUCGCAGAGGACCGAGGAGGGAGAGAUGGCCACCGACAAGCAAUCCCUGCUGACAAAUAUUGCGCACAUUUCCGAUUGUGCGGAAGAGGGCAUCGUAAAUCGCAACUACAGCUCGGAGAACGAAUCCAAUGCGAGUGUCGUGCGCGUUUCCACCGAGUGCGAGAGGCCGCAUAGUCGCGCCGGCGGCAAGCAUAAAGAGGAGAUUGCGUCAAACGACAAUUCGGACAAUAUGCGCACUGUCAGCCCGGCACCGUUGUAUCCGGGUUUGCUCGAUAUCGACUCAUCCCGUAAACGUCAUGGCAUUUACGAACACGAUAUCACGCCACAAUUGGAUUGGCGCGCACCGGAUAUAUUGAGCAUUGACUUGCUCGAUCAGCUUGGCAAACUCGACAACUGUGAGGUGAACGAUUCUUUCUCGUUCAAUUCCUGUUCCAACAAGAUGAUCGGCGCGUUGGACGUUAUUAAGAACAGAGGAAAAUUGACGACCCCGACGCCAUUAGAGAGCGGCAGGAUAUUCGAUAUAGAAAAGCAACAGCGGGACGAGACGAUGAGCUGUGUGACGUCGAUCCAUGACUACGAAAAUGUAUGUCCAUUGGGAAUUGCUCGACCGCCGUGGUGCAUCCGCAGCUGGAAAGGUUACACGGACAUCGAGACGUAUAUCCACGACGACAGCGUAGUACGUGAUCGGCGGCGGGACACUUUGACGAGUACGACCGGCACGACAUACAGCUCAGAAUAUUCUGACGGUAUGCUUUCGCGAGGGACAAAGCAGGACGAUUAUGCGGACGCCCUGACUUAUGAUCUGGUAGAAUCUAAGGAAGCCUCUAAAUCGUCUUACGGCAACAACGCAUUCUCCGUAUCCACUGUGGACGAUCGAAACGCCAGUCUGUAUGUCGCCAAGCCGGUAGUGAUCGAUGAUCGGGGCGGAAUGCUUGCGCUGGAUACGAUACUGGAAGAGCGCGACGAUUCGUCGGACGAAAAGUUUCCACACGGGAUAGAAUCAACGCGUGAUUCUGCGAGUACCCUCGUAAGUACGAUAGAUCAAAUCAGGCGGUAUACGGGGGAGAAUUCGCCGCGACACGUCUAUCACAUUACUGAGACUCAGUGGGAGGAUCUGAAUCCCAAAAACUUGAUGGCGCGAGCGCGUUUCGCCCAAGUGCUAUUCGACAAUGAUCUCAAAAACACGUCAACGACGGUCAGUCCGGUUGAUCUAACCGCGCGAGACGUUGAGAAACGCGAAAUAGAUGCGAUCAGGGAGUUUGUCCGAUGCUGCGCGAUAGAAUCCAUCAAGAAGACGCCUUUGAUAGACGCUAUUCUGUCGGAUUCGCCGGUUCUCGGCAGCAGAGCGAGCAAGCUAGUGCGACAGGUCACAUUCGCGGAUCGUAAGGACGAUUUCAAUACGAACGAAAGCGAUUUGUAUGUCGAGAUGAGUCCUCUGGUGUCUGUCGAAAACGGUGAGAAUCCGUGCCAGACUCGGCUCGGCGAGGAAAAAACUACAGAGACGGAAAUCUCCACCAAGAGAAAUAAUCUUCCUACGAGAUUGGAGAAAUCGCCGGAUAAGGAGAAUCUGGCACCGAUCACAUCGAACAACAAUAUCAGGCGAAUCAACAAUAUGAUGUACGAUAAUAGUGAUAGUCAUGACAGACGUGCUUGGACCAUAGAAAGAGACGAUAAGAAUGAUAAAUCAUUGUGUAGUGUGCGUUUUAAUCUCAAGGAGAAAAGACAUUUAUUUUUAGAACAGGUCCUUUCGCCGGUUCCGAAACUAUGGAACAAACGAAUUUCCUUUCAUCCGAGCACCAAAAAUUUGUAGUAAAUGGUUCUUUGAUUCAAGCGAAACUUAAUCAACUUUAAUAAUCAAAAAUUGACUGCACUCACAUAAAUAUCGUUUUAUGAAAUAUUUUUAUCAUUUAUUGUAAUGAAUGAUUUUUAAUUUGCAUAUUACAAAAAGUGAUUAGUUGCUCAUUUUUGUCGAGUACGAAAAAUUUAAUAAUUAAACGAAUAAUUUUUCGGUCUUUUAUAUUGUGCAUUUAGUAGCUUCGAAUGGCAGCUCGAUUUUGUCUUGCUCAAGUAUUUUUCAUUUAUCUUUUAAGAUUUUUCUAGAAGUUUUAGGAAGUUUUCUAGAAGUUUUACUUUUGUAAAAUAAGCUCAUGAGACAUGCGAUAGAAUUAAUCUUAAAUCCAUCUCAGAGAAUAUUGGAUAUUUAAAAAAAAAAUGUUAUGCAUUUUUUUCCAUGCAUAUCCAAAAAUAAAUCAGGAAGAUAAUUGAAUGCAGUGGAAAAGGUUAAGAACAAUACACCAUAGUACAAAUGUACCGCAGUAUAUUAUGUCACUUGUUAAUUAGCCACACAUGUAACUUUUAUUCACGACUUUUAAGCUGCACCGCGUUUUAUCUUCAUGGAUGAGAGUGAACGCGAUGUUAGUGUGUGAUACACGCCGUCCUGUUUUGUUAUGAGACAUAGCUAUAAAAAUAUAAGUAUUGCGCUUUUGCGAUUUUACUUAAGUGUAUAUAAAAUGACUUAUCGUAUACCGAGAUUAUUUUUGUACGCAAUUUUUACUAUGUAUGUAUAAUAAAGACUUUGCGUAAA